AUGAAUCCGAUUUCUUCCAGGUUCACAUCAGCCUCUCUUCUCUCAAUCCCUCACACAAGCGCCAUCAUCUCCGCCAUGGCCUUCUCUUCCUCUUCUUCUUCCAAAAUCCCUACCUUUAAGGAAAAAGACGAAGACGAAGAAGAAAAGCUUCGAUUGGUUCUCAAGUACCAUAACCAGACGAAACACUCCUUCACCGCUUACGCCAAAGGUCCUCGAGGUCUCGACUGGGCCAAUCAACCUAAUCCAUUUCGCCGUUUCCUCUCUGCUCCUCUCCUUCCUCUCAAUGAACCCUCCUCCUCCGACGAAUCAUCUCCUCUCUAUUCUUCUCUCUUCGAUUCUCUUCCUCCUCCCAAACCCAUCUCUCUCUCCACAAUCUCUCAACUCUUCUACCAUUCCCUCGCUCUCUCCGCCUGGAAAACCAUCGGAACCUCCACCUGGCCUCUCCGCGUUAACCCCAGCAGCGGAAACUUACACCCCACCGAGGCUUACCUCAUUGCUCCUCUCAUCGAUUCACUCUCCGACUCUGCUUUCGUCGCACACUACGCUCCAAAGGAACAUUCUUUAGAAGUCAGAGCACACAUCCCUCCCACAUUCUUCCCCAAAUUCUUCCCGGAAAACUCUUUCCUCAUCGGAGUCUCUUCAAUUUUCUGGCGUGAAGCCUGGAAGUACGGAGAACGAGCGUUUAGGUACUGCAACCACGACGUCGGUCACGCCAUCGCCGCUCUCUCCCUCGCAGCUGCAGAGCUGGGCUGGGACUUGAAGCUUCUCGACGGUCUCGGAGCGGAAGAUCUCAAGAAGCUAAUGGGACUCAACGUUUCCUCAGUCCCGGAGGUCGAAUCCGAGCAUCCUGAUUGCUUACUACUUGUUUUCCCCGACGGAACUAGAGAUAUCAACAUAGACUACCAUGGAUUAUGCUCUGCAAUCUCUAGUGAAUUCUCUACUCUUGAGUGGAAAGGAAAGGCUAAUGCUUUGAGUAAAGAGCAUCGUCGUUGGGAUAUCAUCUACACCACAGCUCAAGCUGUCGAAAAGCCUCCUCCUUUGGUAUCAAGCUCGUCUUUUUCAAUCGAUGCUUCCUUCAGAAGCAGUGGUGUGUUUAGCCAGAGUUCGUAUGAUAAGAAGUUAACGGUUAGGGAAGUUGUGAGGAGUAGAAGAAGUGCUGUUGAUAUGGACGGUGUUACUUUCAUAGACAAGUCUCUGUUUUAUCAGAUGUUGAUGCAUUGUCUUCCUUCCGGUGGUGGUUCCGAGACGCAGAAACGGCAACUUGCAUUGCCGUUUCGAGCUCUUCCUUGGGAUGCUGCUGAGGUUCAUCUUGCUAUCUUUGUGCAUAGAGUUUCGGGUUUGCCGAAAGGUUUGUACUUUCUAGUCAGAAAUGAGGAUCAUCUCAGUGAUCUCAAGAGGUCUACGAGGUCCGAUUUCGAGUGGGAGAGACCAGAUGGGUGUCCGGAUGAUCUUCCUCUGUAUAAGCUCGUUCAGGGUGAUUGCAAGAAGCUGGCUAAAGGACUAUCAUGCCAUCAGGACAUUGCAGGGGAUGGAUGUUUCAGCCUAGGGAUGGUAGCUCGGUUUGAUACAGCUCUACGGGAGAAGGGCUCAUGGAUGUAUCCUAGACUCUUCUGGGAGACGGGUGUUAUCGGGCAGGUUUUGUACUUGGAAGCACAUGCAAUGGGCAUCUCAGCAACUGGAAUCGGGUGCUAUUUUGAUGAUCCAGUGCACGAGGUUUUGGGGUUUAAGGACUCGAGCUUUCAGAGUCUGUACCAUUUCACUGUAGGAGGUCCGGUUUUAGACAAGCGGAUCAUGACUCUUCCUGCUUAUCCUGGUCCUACCACUGAUGCCUAG